AUGCAGUUACAGCAGAUAUUGAAAAAAGCAUUUUUGCAUAUUGAAUUAGAUGUUGAUGACAGAGAUGUCACAAGAUUUUAUUGGUUAGAAAAUCCCAUGGACACAGAAAGCCGUUUGAUUACUUACCGGUUUAAAGUUGUACUUUUCGGCGCCACCUGUUCGCCAUUCAUGUUAAGCGCCACGCUAAUGAAACAUUUUAGAGACAAUCCGUCAACUACAUCAACUGAAUUACAGAGAAACUUAUACGUGGAUAAUGUUCUGACCAGUUUUACCGAUAAACAAUCACUUUUGAAAUUCUACACGGAGUCAAGAAAAUUAUUGUCAGAAGCAGGAUUCAACUUACGGUCUUGGAAUUCUAAUAGUACGGAAGUACAGAACAUCGCAGGACAAGACAAGAUUGGCGACAAUGACGACAUAGUCAAAAUUUUAGGCAUGAGAUGGGAUAGGGAAUCCGACGAUUUGAAAUUUCAACAGAUUGAAUUUAUGGAAAAGGACAAAAUGAUAACAAAACGUGAGGUUUUGCGCACAUCGUCUAGAAUUUUCGACCCCCUUGGAUUAAUCACGCCAAUUACGGUGAAAGCUAUGCUGUUUAUGCAGACUUUAUGGAAAGCAAAGUUAAAUUGGGAUGAAUGUUUGUCCGACGAACUGAGAAGUAAAUGGCAGGUAAUAGCUUUAGAUAUCGAGGAGGCUACCAAAAUAGUAUUUCCACGAAUGUUAACGCAAGGAGUUAUACACAAGAAAACGUCACUACAUAUUUUCACAGACGCCAGUCAGUUAGCAUACGUAGCUUGUGCUUACUUAGUUACAGCAAAUUCAUCGAUCCUCGUCAUGGCUAAAAACAGAGUAGUACCCGUUAAACCGAUUUCAUUACCACGUUUAGAACUUAUGGGCGCGCUUAUCGGCGCCAGAUUAGCAACGCAUCUUCUUAAAGUCAUACCAACAGAACAUGUGUAUAUGUGGAGCGAUAGCCAAAUUGUUUUGAGUUGGAUUAAAUCGUCAAAAAUCUUAAAACCGUUCGUAGAAAAUCGACUUAAAGAAAUACGAAAAUUAACAGAGAAUGCUGAAUGGAAUUAUUGUCCAACAGAUGACAAUCCAGCUGAUUACUUAACUCGCGGAAUUUACGCUAAACAACUUUAUAACAACAGCUUAUGGAUGAACGGUCCACAAUGGAUUUUAAAUCGUGAAAAUUGGCCGACAUGGACGAGGAAAAUUGAAGAUUGCAGCACGAUGGUAACUGUUAGUGAUGAAAAUACAAACGAUGAAAGUACAAAUGCUUCAACACAGACAAUUUCAUGUAUAGAUAUACAACGAUACAGAUCUUUAGAAAAGGCAAUUAGAGUAAUAGCAUACGUCUUGCGCUUUAUACAGAAUUUACGAAACUCAAGAGAUAAACGGACAAUCGGAUUUAUCAGUGUUGAGGAGCAAUGUAAAGCAUUAGAAGUUCUAAUAGUAACAGCACAACAGCAAACAUUUAAAUCAUCUUCACAGAAAAAAGUGCAACUUGUUCGACAACUUAAACUGUAUACAGACAUGACAGACAAAAGCGGAUUACUACGUUGUACCGGGAGAAUACAAAACGCACCUGUUAAGGAGAGUACUAAAUAUCCGUUGUUAUUGCCAACACACCACAGUCUUACGUCCUUUAUUGUAAUGGAUGCACAUACAAAGACUUUACAUGCCGGACUUAACAGUACAAUCGCAUAUAUUCAACAGAAUUACUGGAUACCGAGAAUAAGGCAGUGCGUAAAAUCACAAAUUCGUAAAUGCGUUCAAUGCAUUAAAAUAUCAGGAAUGCCUUACAGCGCACCCGAUCCGCCACCGCUUCCUAAAGAUCGAGUCAACUACGAUUAUCCUUUUUCAGUAACCGGCGUUGAUUUCACAGGAGCUUUGUAUACAAAAGGAAAACACAACGAAUUAAGCAAAACAUAUAUUUGUUUAUUCACUUGCGCCGCUACAUGA